UCCAUUUCCCCCUAUUUUAUCCCUUUCACCGCAUUUCAACUCUCUCUCUUUUCUCUCUCAAAAUUGUGGGAGAUGGCAGUGGAAUUGAUGCCGGGAUACAAUUUGACUUCCAAGAUGGAAGUCAGCGCCGCCCAAGAAGCGGCGGCGGCCGGUCUCCAAAGCGUCGAGAAGCUCAUGAGAUUAAUCUCUCACCAACAAACCGCCGCCGCCGAUUAUCAGACCGCGGCUGAUGCCGCCGUCCACAAAUUCAAGAAAUUCAUCUCUCUAAUCGACCGGACUCCUCGGACCGGCCACGCCAGGUUCCGCCGCGGACCGGUCCAGAAUCCCCCUCUCCAGCCGCAGAAAACCGAACUGGCCGGUCCAUCCCCUAAAACAGAGGAGACCGCUCCCGCUUCGAGAAUCUACUGCCCCACGCCGAUUCAGCGCCUUCCGCCGCUGCCGCAGCCGAAGGCCGGACUCGAGAGGAAGGAGUCGUCGACGACGAUAAACUUUUCGUCGCCGGCGACCUCCUAUAUGUCCUCCUUAACCGGCGACACCGACAGCCUGCAGCCGUCGAUGUCGUCGGGGUUUCAGAUCACUAAUCUGUCGCAGGUCUCCUCCGCAGGGCGCCCGCCACUGUCGACGUCGUCGUUUAAGAGGAAGUGCAGCUCCAUGGAUGACGCCGCCACCGCCAAGUGUAGCGGCGGCUCGUCUCGUUGCCAUUGCCCCAAGAAAAGGAAAUCAAGAUUGAAGAGAGUGGUGAGAGUUCCUGCAAUUAGUAUGAAGAUGGCAGAUAUUCCACCAGAUGACUACUCUUGGAGAAAAUAUGGUCAAAAACCCAUCAAAGGUUCCCCUCAUCCUAGGGGUUAUUACAAAUGUAGUAGUGUAAGAGGAUGCCCGGCACGAAAGCAUGUGGAGCGGGCCUUGGAUGACCCGACUAUGCUGAUCGUAACGUAUGAAGGAGAGCAUAAUCACGGCCUUUCUAAUAUAGAACCACCAGCUCUAGUUCUUGAAUCAUCUUGAUCUCAUUCUGACGGCUGAGGAUUCGCCUAGCAAGUCUCAAUCAAUCACCGCCGUCCAAGGGGUGUGAACAGAUGGUCAACGGUGGAGAUGGGAACAAAACUUUGGGGCCCCAUUUUGUUUGAUUUUUAGACUCUUUUUUCUUUUCAUUUCUUUAGCACUCCAAUCUCUUGAUUCAAAUGAAAGGGAGAGUGAGAGAUGAGAUAUAGGAGUGGAUUUGGUGGGAAUUGAAUCACCCAAGUUGAAGUAGUGGGAUUUCUACUUUUCUUGUUCUCCUUGUUCUUGCAAAUUGGGAAAUAUAAGAAUGUUUUUUGUUA